UUGCAGUCUCUUCCACAAUAUAUCCAGUUAGAUAUCUGAGGAUAUUCAGGGAGUUGAACUUGGUUGACACGAAGUUAAUCACAACCACCAAGACUAGGGAAAAGUUAUGGAAAGUACCCAGCCUGAAUCACUGGGAUAGGGGCAGGGGACAUUGAGAAUCCUGUCCUGAGGAACUGGGGAUCUCUCUGUCUCCAACCCAGACAAGCCUGGAGGCAUCUGAGUCAUCUGGGCACUGCCUGGGUCAGAGGAAUAGAUGCCUUGCAAGAUCCUUCCUGUUAUAGCCCCUCUCCUGGCAACAUCCUUCAUUGCGAAAUUUCCAGGAAGAGUAGCGAAUGGGGUGGCUGGGAGGAAGAAAGGUGGAAAGUGACAGGGUUCAAAGAAGGGGGAGCAGAGCGACAUCACAGGGUUACAUAAACUCUCAGAGGCUGCCAAAGAGUAAGGACAGAUCGGUUUGUGGAGCCUGGAAGCCGGCGUGAGCCACUGAAAAGGAAAGAAGCCACAGUCCAGCCGAUAACCAGAGAGAGAGGCAGAGGCUCUGAGGAUCUACCGACUAUGGUGUGCGUGCCCUGCCUGCUGCUGCUGCUGCUGCCGCCGCUGCUGCGUGUGUCUGCGGACACCACAGAGCCCUGCGAGCUGGACGACGACGAUUUCCGCUGUGUCUGCAACUUCACGGAUCCCAAGCCUGACUGGUCUAGCGCUAUUCAGUGUAUGGUUGCUGUCGAGGUGGAGAUCCGUGGCGGCGGCCGCAGCCUGGAACAAUUUCUCAAGGGAACUGACACCGAUCCGAAGCAGUAUGCUGACACAAUCAAGGCUCUGCGCGUUCGGCGACUCAAGCUGGGCGCUGCACAGGUUCCCGCUCAGCUUCUGGUCGCCGUUCUGCGCGCGCUCGGGUACUCUCGUCUCAAGGAACUGACGCUUGAGGACCUGGAGGUAACCGGCCCGACGCCCCCGACGCCUCUGGAAGCCGCUGGGCCUGCGCUCACCAGCCUCAGUCUCCGUAACGUAUCGUGGGCAACAGGAGGCGCCUGGCUCGGCGAACUGCAGCAGUGGUUCAAGCCCGGGCUCAAGGAGCUGAACGUUGCCCGAGCACACUCGCUUGCCUUUCCCUGCGCGGGGCUCUCCGCCUUCGAGGCUCUCACCACCCUAGACCUGUCUAACAAUCCCGGUCUCGGCGACAGCGGGCUGAUGGCGGCUCUCUGUCCGCACAAGUUCCCGGCCCUCCAAUAUCUAGCGCUACGCAACGCCGGGAUGGAGACGCUGAGCGGCGUGUGCGCGGCGCUGGAGGCAGCGAGGGUGCAGCCCCGAAGCCUGGACCUCAGCCACAACUCGCUGCGCGCCACCGCCCCGGGCGCUACCCGGUGUGUCUGGCCCAGGGCGCUAAGCUCUCUCAAUUUGUCGUUCGCUGGGCUGGAGCAAGUGCCUAAAGGACUGCCGCCCAAGCUCAGCGCGCUUGAUCUCAGCUGCAACAAGCUAAGCAGGAAACCGCGGCGAGACGAGCUGCCCGAGGUAAAUGACCUGACUCUGGACGGAAAUCCCUUUCUGGACCCUGGAGCCCUCCAGCACCAAGACGCCCCGAUGAUCUCCGGCGUGGUCCCAGCCUGUGCGCGUUCGGCCUUGACCAUGGGGGUGUCAGGAACCCUGGCGCUGCUUCAAGGAGCCCGAGGCUUCGCGUAAGGCCGUGGGGAAGAGAGGGGAGAGGAAUGAAUUGGCUCAGAUUGCCCUGGCUCCGGGAGACCCUCGUCAGGACAUCUCAACCAACCAGCCUUCCGCCCCAUCCUUAUUAAAAUCUUAAACAGCAGAUCCGUGUCAUUCACUCAGCAGAUGUUUACUGGGCACACUGCUGAGCAGGGAAUCCAUUAUACUUAAACAUUCUUCUUCCUAACUUGCUAGAAACCAUACCCGCCCCACCAUAGAAAAGAACUACGGGGGCAGAAGGGGCAGGGAAAAGUUCCGUGUCUAGGGCUGCGUGGGAGAACCAAGGGUUUCCCUGCGAUUGGGGGUUUUCUGAACAGAUUACUAGAACCUGUGUUAAAAGAUGUUUGAAUGGUAAACAUGCCUGGAAGGAUCCUCUCUGGUGCAUUUUCCAAGACGCAGCUGCUCCCUUCCAAGGUUAUAAAACCCAGAGCCAUUUGCUUAUUCUUACUCUUCUUUUUCCUCCAACCCCCAGUGAGGAAAGACAGCUAUGCCACUCAUUCUACCUAAGCUCUGAGGUUGAUAAUUUCAGGGUUGCUCUCCUGUAGUGUAUGGCCUCUCUGCCUACAGAGGUACACUGAUUUUCACUAUCAGGUAAUAAUGGGGGAGCUUGAGAAUGGGGAACUGAUGCAAGAUGCUGUAAUUUAACCUUCUCUGAACCAGAGAUUUUGCAAUUAUGCUAAUAUACAAAUGUAUGAUUUUUCUUUGAUUUGCAAACAGGAUAACAUCUUAGACCCUUCACAGCUUCUUUGGACCCCUUCACACAGCAAUUACCAGUGUAUGUCCCCUGAACCACAUUAUCUCAGUGACCUAGGACAUCAACCAAGAGGGACUGUUCCUUCUAAGGGUUCCUUCUUCAUCACAUCAAGGAGGCAGUCACAUCCAUAAGGGAUCUAGAUAUGUCUCAACGGGGACCUAAAGAGGAGUGGGGAGAGGCGUGUAAACAGAGCCCUUCUCCUGCCUGCGUCCCUCCAGUGUCCAGAACCACACAGAUAGGAACAGAGAAUGCACAUUAUUACAUUGAUGGGAGAGUUACACAGGUCAUCAGACUACAGACUCAAAGAAUCACAGGGACAGCUAAAUAAACUGCCAAUCUGUGUGGCCAGACCUCGCUGGCUCCAUUUUUUCAGUUUCAUCUUAGGCCCACAGUCCUGCCCCCUCCUCGCUCUGCAUAACUGAGCUUUACUCUACUCACAAGAAGUGUACCCAAGCCAGAUAACUUACCUAACAGCUUUUACUCUUACCUUCGUCUGAUAUGAAAACUAGAAGGAAAAAAAAAAAAGAAAACUGGAAGGAUGCCUUUUGCUGACACAGGUGGUUAACGGUCAUGAGACCCUCAGGGAGGAAAAAGCCCAGGUUCCCUUGGAUGCAGAUAUGCAGCUUACUUGGUAGUCAAAUUCUGUUUUUAGCCUUGGCCCCUUUAAAUCUCAGGUAUCCCCUUCGCAGAGUGCAGCUCUGAGUGCCUCUGGAUCUUGGCUGUAUGUAAAUUCACAACACCUGCAUUAUGUAAGUAACAUGGCUGUAUGUCAGUACCCACAAUAAACUUCAAACUGUACUUUA